UCCAACAUGGCGGCUCCCUUGGAUGACAUGUUUUCUCGAUGCGUUGAUCCCGGUAAAACUAUUAACUGCGUUGAAGUCCGGUUUAUCGACAAUGUCAAGGGUAAAGGACUGUUUGCCAAAAGACCUUUCAAAAAAGGCGAGACCAUCUUUACUGAGCGUCCCCUUGUGUCUGCCCAGUUCUUGUGGAAUGCCUUGUACAAGUAUAAAGCGUGUGAGUAUUGUCUGCGGGCUCUGGAGACGGCAGAGGAAAAUGCACGCAGACUCGGUGCUCUGCCUGCCCUCAGUCUGCCCCAUCCUGAGUUGUGUAAGGUCCGGCCCGAGGUGCACCAGGCCUGCCCACAGUGCCAGGUGAUGUACUGUAGCAGUGAGUGCAGGCAGGCUGCGUGGGAUCAAUAUCACCAGGUCCUGUGUCUGGGACCUUCACAUAAUGAUCCUGAUCAUCCAGUCAACAAGCUGCAGGAUGCAUGGAGGAGUGCACACUACCCUCCAGAAACCUCCAGCAUCAUGCUAAUGGCUAAAAUGGUUGCUGUUGUCAAGCAGUCUCAAGACAAGGGGUGCUGGCAGAGGCUGUUUUCUCACUUUUGCAGCCGUGCAGCCAACGAGCAGGAGGAAAUAGCACACAAACUAUUAGGAGAGAAGUUUCAGGGCCAACUGGCUUUGCUGCGGAACCUUUUUACCACAGCACUCUACGACGAUCACCUCAGUCAGUGGUUCACUCCAGAUGGCUUUCGCUCUCUCUUCGCGCUCGUCGGGACCAACGGGCAGGGCAUCGGGACCAGUUCCCUCAGCCAGUGGGUUCAUGCGUGUGAUGCGCUGGAGCUGCCUCACCAGCAGAGGGAGCAGCUGGAUGCUUUUAUUGACCAGUUAUACAAGGACAUUGAUAAAGAAACGGGCGAUUUCCUCAACUGUGAAGGAUCCGGUCUCUUCCUUCUUCAGAGCUCAUGCAACCACAGCUGCAUACCGAACGCGGAGGCGUCCUUCCCCGACAACAACUUCCUGCUUCACCUGACCGCCCUGAGUGACAUCAGCCCUGGCGAGGAAAUCUGCAUCAGCUACUUGGACUGUUGCCAACGAGACAGGAGCCGUCAUAGCCGGCACAGGAUCCUGAGAGAAAACUACUUGUUCGUGUGCUCGUGUCAAAAGUGCAUGGCACAGAUGGACGACGCGGAUGUGACCUCUGAGGAUGAGGACGAGGCGGAGGGAGAGACGGAAGGGGACGAUAUCGAGGAUGAGAUGACGGACGUGUGAUGAAGAUCGGGUUUUGGGUUUCACCAUUUCCCCCCCCUGCAUUUCAAACCAGUCUUUUUGUGGACGUUUACACUUUCAUAUCAUCAUAAAGAAAAGCAUUUGAGUCACCAUAUCCAAACUGCAGCUCUGUCCAUUGGGGUAGGAGAAGUAGUUCUGGGCUAUGCAAAGGAUUUUGUCUCACUUGUACAUCUUUAAUUCCCGUCACAUCACAUUAGUGGGGUUAAGAAUGCUUCCAUUUCUAAUGUUCCAUCACACCUUGCCAUAAAAAAACACAGAUUCUAACAUAUUUCAUCUAUGCACUGAGACUUUUGAUACAUUAUGAUGCCCUAACCCAGCAUGAAGUCUUUUAAAGACAAAAUAAUCAACAUUUCAUCAGCUUUUAUUAGACUGUAGACACAACAACCAGCCAUGCGAUGUCUUCACCGAUAUUUGAGUUUACUUGGCUCAGAAUGUAGUGUCUACUUUUGCUCGGAGCAAGUAGGGCACACGUAACCUCUUUAAACUCUCAGAAUGUGUCAGCUGCUUCAGACUUAUAUUCCUAAAUCUCAUAACUACAGUGCCCUCCAGUAUUAUUGGCACCCUUCUUUAAAUUGAGCUGAAAUGAUUGUAUAAAAAUAACCUUCUAUACAGUAAUUCAAAGUUUCUAUUCAAACAUUUGUUCUGGCAGUAAGGAAACUUUUACAUAAAUUUAAACCAGUUACUUUUUUUUUGUUAUUGUUUUUUUUUUUUUUUU